AUGGAAGCGGAUACGGGAUGUACUAUACAAUCAGUCGAUUCUUCAGCGCUUGAUGCUGGUCAAGCGCGACCCAAAAUGCACCCAAUAUCUCGUCGUGUGCUGAGGUUCGAGCGGUCCGCUGAGUUCCCACAACCUGGCGAGCUUCCCUUCCCAAUGCUUGACUUUGCCAAGAUCCUUCCUGACAUUCCCGUGAAGUACAAGCCAAGCCACGUGAUGCCGGACACCGACUAUCAGCCGGAGCUCGAGUUCUAA